AUGACCGCCCUCUCCGCAAAAUCCUGCUUCCUUGAUAAUUGGCGCACCUUGUCUGAAGAGCUUAAACUCCACAUCCUCGAGUAUGCCGUGACGCUCGGCUCCCCUUGCCAGGCCCGCCUGCCAUGUUACUACCACCUUGAUGACCAUCGAUACUGGAAAUCCAACGCAUUCUGCGAUCUUAUCAUCCCUCUUCUCUCCGUCCCCGAGAUCAAAAGCCUCGUGCAAGGAGCCUUCUACAGCCAGCACAGUUUCAGCCUCGACUACAAUCGCAAAUGGAACACAGAUUCGCGGUCCUCGAGCUUGUCUGUAUAUCUGCCUUGGCUUCCUAUGCGCAAGUAUGUGCGCCGACUGCACAUGGCUGUGAGCGGAAUUGACCAACGAAAGUUUGAACUGCUGAAUAAAGCGCCCAUCGCCCUGGCCAACCUUCCGAAUCUGAGCUUGCUGGAGAUCUCGCUCUGGCGGCUUUUGAGCAGCAAUGAUGAUAUCCGAAAGUGCCUUGACAAUUGGGAGCCUCUGGGGUUCAAGGUGAAGUGCUUGAGAAUCGCGUUUCGACAAUAUCGCAUGGCGUCCCCCGAAUCGGCCGACAUCUUCGAGACAGCGUUGCUGGAGAAAUUCAUGCUUGCUGCUGGGAUGGGAGAGGUGGAUUCGCGGUGGACGCGAUUCGUUGUAAGCGUGCCUGAUAGUAAGCUUUGCGAGGUGGAGUCGUGGGCUGCGACUGCCUCCAUUGAGCACAAUGUAAGAUGGACUACCAAAGAGGUUGUUGCAAAGGAACAUCGACAUGGACGGUAUCCAAAGUUUCAACCGGACGUCGAUCAGCAGGUGUAA